AUGGCCGAUGCGUGGCUGGAUGGUCCCUGCUCCGACUACCUGAAAGCGCCCGUCAUCAAGAUAUCUUCUCUCGCGGAUUUCAACAAGCGACUGGAUUACGGUCCCGUUACGACGGUCAUCCUCGAACUACAGAGAAACCUCGUUAUAAGCAAGGGGAUUCUUUUUGACAGCAAUUUCUCCUGCACGAUUCUGCGAUCCGCGAAAACCGCCGCGAACCCGUUUCAGAUCACUCACGUGGGAGCGAACGAACCGGUGUUGCGCAUAUGGAACACGAGCAACGUGCUUGUAUUGAAGGUCGAUUUCAAGCUCAGCGUUCGCUCUUCAUCACCGCCUUGCACAACUGUUCCCGAAAUAACAAUCAAAGCGCAGUGCCCGACGAUUUCCGUUAUCCGUUCGUACGGAAUUCAAAUCACGAAGGGGAGUGUUUUCGGGAGAAUCGAUCUACACCGCUCGGCAUCCUCUCGGGUGGACUCCAUGCGUGUAACGGGGAUUCCGACCUUCAAUCAGUCGCCCGGCGUGAUUCAAGUGACGUACAGUGGACACGGGCCUACACUCGCGAAAUCAUUUAUCGCUAUAACAAACAAUGAAGUGUAUGGUGUGAACACUCCCAUCGUCGUGCACAGGGGAUCAGUCGGUGUCAUCGUGCGAAACAACUACGUGCACGAUUUUAUAUUCGCCGGUAUCCGCUGUGGCUCCGAUGUGCACUAUGCGGGCGACUGCAUGCUCACUCAGAUCGACCGCAACCUCGUCGUGGCUUCUGGGAGGAACCGGUCGGGAGACCAGGAUGCUGCUGGAAUCUACUACUGCGUUCAUUGGUUCAGCCCAGAUAACACCGCAGAAUGCAACUACGUGUUCAAUGGGGAUCAUUGCUACUACCUCGAUUUCGUGACGUCAGGAGUGGCGAUCAAGGGAGGUGCUUGCAUAAACACAUAUGAUGGGAUCAAAGUCAACAAUGGCAAAUGGAACAGGGCAGAGGAUGUGAUUAUAAAGAAGGUGCCAGGGUCCCCGGGGUGGAGUGCGUGUUUGACUCCUCUGGUGCUCAAUUGUGACAAGAACCCAGGCACGUUCUGGGAGCUCAUGAGGAAACAAUACUACGACACGCCGGUGUUCAGAGAGAAAUACCCCUUCUGGCCAGACGUUUGCGGGCAGAAAACCAUUAAUGGCAAGCCGUGCAACGUGAAGAGGAAAGGAACACUACCAGCUGAAAAAACGGGUGCAUGCAGCGGUCUUCCAACAGAAAACACCCUAAAUGUCGUCCUUGUGGAAACAGAAGGGAGGGAUGUUGGGUAUAAAUACUGUGAGAAUCUACCGGCUGUGGAGGAGGGACCACUGAACAAUCAGCGGCAGGUCAAUAUUACGAACAUCCCGGCUGCGAAGUUCUUGGAUUACGCGAAUGACGAUCUGGGGGUGAAUACGGGGUCGUCACUGUACAGCAGCAUAAAAGAUUUUAAGAGCUGCCCGAGGAAAGACGUGGGGCCCCGGCGGAUCGACGACGGGUUUUAUUUCCUGAGUUUCAACCGGCCCGAGCCGGAAGUGCAUAAGGUGGUCGUGGAGAUGAGCAUCAAGCACGUGCAUGACACUGAUAUUGUGAAGCUGAGCAAGCUGCCUAAAAAGAAGGGGAAGAAGUAG